ACACCUGUCAAAUUUCAGAAAAGUUUGCUGAAAACAGUAAGAGCAGCAAUUUACGUUAGCAUGCUAUUUAAUCUCUCAAAUCAGAAUUAAGAAGAAGAUAUUGCCACCUAAAUUAGAGAUACUCGGUUAACUGACAGUUUAAUAUCGAGCUGGUUGGGUUGAACCAGCAGCGUUGCUGUCAGCAGUUCAAAGUCUGCGCAUUCAUUCUCUGAUCCCCAACAGGCGCGCUGUUCUAGUGAUGGCAGAUUCCAGUCCUCCUAAAACGCUUAACUUCAACGUUGGUGUCCUCGGCCAUGUGGACAGCGGAAAAACGUCUCUUGCCCGUGCGCUGAGCAGCACCGCAUCCACCGCAGCCUUCGACAAGAACCCCCAGUCCAAAGAGCGGGGUAUCACGCUGGAUCUCGGCUUUAGUGCGUUUACGGUGCCCUUACCGGAGCACCUGAAAAAAUCCUGCGGGGACAGACAAUACGACAGUCUGCAGUUCACACUGGUGGACUGCCCGGGACAUGCAUCCCUCAUACGCACCAUUAUCGGGGGUGCUCAGAUCAUUGAUCUGAUGAUGUUGGUGGUUGACGUUGUGAAAGGUAUGCAGACACAAACAGCAGAGUGUCUUUUGAUUGGUCAGCUCACCUGCUCCCACAUGAUUGUAAUCCUCAACAAAACAGACCUGUUGCCUACUGACAAGAGACAGGCGGCUGUUGACAAAAUGACCAAGAGGAUGCACAAAACUCUUGAGAACACAAGAUUUAAAGGCUGCGCUAUUAUUGCUGUGGCAGCAAAGCCUGGUGGUCCUGAGUUCCCAGAAACAGACGAGCCACAAGGAAUAACUGAACUCAUAGACUUAUUGAAGGCCCAAGCCUUCUUUCCUCAUAGAGAUCCAUCAGGUUCUCUUCUGAUGGCUGUAGAUCACUGUUUCUCCAUCCGUGGCCAGGGAACAGUCAUUACUGGCACCAUCCUACAAGGGUCACUCUGUGUCAAUGAUACUGUGGAGAUACCAGCGUUAAAGGUAACUCGCAAGGUCAAAUCUGUGCAGAUGUUUCGAAAGCCAGUUCCUAGUGCUAUGCAAGGGGAUAGGGUCGGUGUGUGUGUGACCCAGUUUGACCCAAAACUGUUAGAACGAGGUGUAGUAUGCACACCAGGUUCAUUGCAGACUCUUUUUGCUGCUAUUAUAUCCGUCCAAAAGAUUGAAUACUAUCGUGGAGCACUUAGUAGCCGUGCAAAGUUUCACAUUACUGUUGGACACGAAACUGUUAUGGCACGUAUCUCAUUCUUCAAUCGAGUGCUUCCCAGGAACGAAAAUGGAGACUGUAGCCCCACCUCACAAGAGAAAAGUGCAAACCUUUUCUCAUUUGAUUGGGAGUUUCAUCACCUGGAUGAGUUUUUGACUUGUGGGAGAGGGGAACCACAGCAAUGGGCUUUACUUGAGUUUGAACGACCAGUCACAUGUCCUCCACUUUGCUUAGUGAUUGGGUCACGACUGGACUCAGAUAUCCAUGGUAACACAUGCAGGCUUGCCUUUCAUGGACAGCUUCUGGAAGGCUUUGAGGACAAAAACUACACCGAGACCGCACUGCCUCGGCUCAAAAUCAGCAAAGACAAGCAGAAAGAAGGAGCAGUGGAACGGGUGACAGAUGACUACACUGUGAUUGGUCGAAACCUUUUUAAGAAGGAGACGAACCUUCAGCUGUUUGUGGGCUUAAAAGUUACACUGUCAACAGGAGAAACGGGCUCCAUUGAAGGUGGCUUCGGCCAAAGUGGCAAGAUCAAAAUCAGAAUUCCAGAGGGGCUGAAAGAAGAAACCAAGCAGCAUCUAUCCUCUUCCUCUAAGAAGAAGGGGAAGGGUGGGGCCAAAAAUGAAUCCUCCAAAUUGGAGGAAACUAAGCCCGAUGCUCAACCAGUCACCAUACAUCUGAACUUCAAACGCUAUAUAUAUGAUCCCCAAAAAAAGAUGGUUCAGUCCUGACCAUCAGUCCGAUCAUUCCUGAUAAAUGCUAGCGGAGGGGCAGGAAUAACAGACACUGAGCAUAAAGUCUAGGAUAUGGAACGGAAACGUCUUGUACAUGUUUUAUUCUGUGCAGAGUUUCUAUUCUGUUACUUUGCAUUUGUGUUAUUCCUUCAAAUGUGGAAUAAUAAAAAUCAACAAAAAAGAAAAGAUGGAAUAUUCCUUAAAGACAUAUAUAUCAUUACUUUACUAAUAAAAGCCAUUAUAUGACUUCUAAUAAAACAACUCUAAUAGCUAAACUGCUGUAGUUGCAGUGCACUGUAUAUUUUGUGAUUUACAUUUUGUUUGCAAGAGUGUGUGGAAAGUAUUUGUGUUUGGCAUAUCGAGAGUGGUUGGGACAUUGCUUUAGGGCAGAAUGCAUUGUGAGUAUAGGCAAAUAUUUCUGUUGGCAAAUCAGAGGCGAAAUGUGUUUCCACACACCCCACCAUCAGUUACUCUACAUUUAUAAAUAUCCUUUUUUCCAUUUGUUUGCGCCACUGUUUAUGUAUGUUUUUUUGUGCAAAUGCAGAUGAGAGUGGUUAAAAAAAACAAAUAACGUUAAGAAGGGCCAUGAUAAGUCUUAUCAUUGUUUUGCUUCAUGGAUUUGAAUAUCUAUUCCAGUCACGUUGUGGCAACUUGGGGGAAU